CUUCCCGUCGCCGUCCCCUCCCAGGAAGGAGCCGGAGUCGGCGGCGCCGCGGGCCCGGCAUGGAGUAGGGCGGCCCGGGGCCGGCGGCGCCGCGCGGCAUGGAGCUGGGCCCGGGGCCCUGCGCGCUGCCCGCCGGGGCCGGCGCCGGGAGCGGUUCGGGCGGCCCGUGCGCCGAGAUGCUGCAGGUGGCCGAGGAGGCCUUCCGCGGCGGCAACUUCGAGCUGGCGGCCGAGAUCUACGGCUCGGAGCUGGCCGAGCUGCCGCAGCCCGAGCGGGGCCUGUGCCUCCGGCGCGCCGACGCGCUGGCGCGGGCCGGCCGCAUGGCCGAGGCGCUGGACGCCUACGGCGCGGCGGCGCGGCUGGCGCGGCUGCGGCCCGAGGAGCUGCGGGAGCUGGCCGAGAGCUUGGCGCUCAGCAUCCGCGACAAGGAGCUGCGCCUGCCGCUCCCGCCGCUCGGCUCCUCGGGCGGCGGAGCCGAGGGCGAGGCGCUGGGCGACCCGGCCUGCUGCCGUCCGCCGGAGCUCUUCGCCUGCCCGCUGUGCCGGCGGCUGCUGUGCGAGCCCGUCACCCUGCACUGCGGGCACACCCACUGCCGCCGCUGCGCCGAGCCCGGGGACUGCGGCCGCUGCCACCGGGCGCGCCGCCCCGCCGAGCCCUCCGCCGCCCAGCCUCAGCCGCCCGCCGCCCGGCCGCGGGUCAACGUGGUGCUGGGCAACCUGCUGCAGAAGUGGUUCGGCGCCGAGAGCCGGGCGCGGCGGCUGCGCGCCGAGGGGGACGAGCUGCGGGAGCGGCAGGAGCUGCCGGCCGCGCUGGAGAAGUACGACCAGGCGCUGGAGAUGGCUUCUUGCAAGUGUUCACUGAUAGCACAGCGAGCAGAGCUCUGUACUUCAAUGAAAAACUACCAGCAAGCUCUCCAUGAUGCAGACAUCCUCUGCCGAAGCAAACCCCACUGGCCUGCGGGUCAUUAUGUGAAAGCAAAAGCUCUUUCUGGAUUGGAAAGGACUGAGGAAGCAUUGAAGGAGUUUCUCUAUUGUGUUGCCUUAAAUCCUGAAUGGAGCUCAAUGAAGAAAGAAGCCCAGAAGAUAAUGUGUGAGAUGUUUUUCCCAGCCUUUGAAAAUGUUCAUGAUAGUCUAACAGCACCUUUCUCUAGUCGAACAUCCCAUACAAGAUUGAAACCUGCAUUUUUAAGUAGCAUAAACACACAGUCAGCUGCUGAAGAUAGUUCUGUCGCUGGGUCCUCAAAGGAUACUAUGUUCAGGUUAACAAAAAACCCGUCCCAAGAACCUGAUGUAUUCAGAAGCACUGAUUCUCCCGCUUCCCAUAAUGUACUGGAUCGCUAUUUUGAAGACAGCAAGAAGUCUUUGGGAGCUAUUCUCUCCAGUUUACCUGGGGCUGGCUUAAAAAGAAAGCUAUCCAGUGAUAUGAGAGAUAUACAAAGCUUGGAUGUCCCCAAUAAGAUCCCUAAGAAAGAUGCAGAUGUUUUACCUGAAAACGCUGUCGUCACUUCAAGUGAGAUACCAACAACUCUUGUUGAUGCGUCUGACUUCGAGUGUUCCCUCUGCAUGAGGUUGUUCUAUGAACCUGUUACCACUCCCUGUGGACACACCUUUUGCCUCAAAUGCCUUGAGCGUUGCCUUGACCAUAAUCCACAUUGCCCACUCUGCAAAGAAAAGCUGUCAGAAUUCUUGGCGAGCAGAACUUACAAAAAGACCGUCCUUACAGAAGAACUGAUAGUCCGUUACUUGCCAGAGGAAUUAUCUGAAAGGAAGAAAGUCUAUGAGGAAGAAAUGAAGGAAUUGUCAAAUUUGAAUAAAGAUGUUCCCAUCUUCGUAUGCACCAUGGCCUUCCCUACCAUCCCUUGCCCACUUCAUGUUUUUGAACCUCGUUAUCGCCUGAUGAUAAGAAGAUGCAUGGAGACUGGUACCAAACAGUUUGGCAUGUGCUUAGCUGAUGAAUUGAAAGGAUUUGCAGAUCAUGGCUGUAUAUUAGAGAUCAGGGACGUAAAGUUUUUUCCUGAUGGACGCUCAGUUGUUGAUACAGUUGGUGUCCGUCGUUUUAGGGUCUUAAGCCAUGGCCAGCGAGAUGGAUAUAACACAGCAAACAUCGAAUAUCUUGAAGAUAAAAAGGUUGAAGGACCAGAGUAUGAAGAGCUUGUUCGCCUUCAUGAUUCAGUUUAUGAUCAAGCUGUUGCCUGGUUUACUUCUCUUAAAGACAAUAUGAAGGUGCAAAUUCUCAAUCAUUUUGGGUCCAUGCCAGGAAAAGAACCAGAGCCACAGAGCAACCCCAGUGGUCCUGCCUGGUACUGGUGGCUCUUGGCAGUGCUGCCUCUGGAGAACAGAGCUCAGCUGGCUAUAUUGGCUAUGACCUCCCUUAAAGAUCGUCUUAUUGCCAUCAGACGUGUCUUGAUAUUUGUGACUCGCAAAAGACCUAGAUAACAUGAUCUUCAGUUGUGAAUGCGCACUGAAAGCAUCUCAUGACUGGUUGAUGCGGGAGGUGAGAGGGGAGGGGUUGUUGGUUGUUUUUUUAAAGAUUCUUUCAAAAAUGAACAGCCCUUUCUGACCGUGUCCAGCAUCCAUCGAUUGCAUCGGUUUGUUAUCCUGGGUAUUCACCAAACCUUACACUCUUCUCCUGUUGUCCCGAUGAAAUCUGAGCCUCUACAAAGCUGUGCUACAGUUAGAACGUAGUUGAUAGAUGUGGAUAAAUUGCUUCAAAAUAUUAUGAUAGAGUUAAUGUUUCUAGCCUGCAAGAGAGUUAAGUACUAGAGUAGCACCGCUGGCCUACGUGUGAUUUGGAUUUCCGCUUAGUAGGAAAAGGAAACUGGACAGUGGAUUAAAGAAGUGUUUCCUGGACUUUCUUGAAGAUAGUGAACAGAAGAGGAGCUGCGCUUCCCGGCCAAAGUAUACAUGAAGACUAUAACGAGCAGUAUGCUCUGUUAGUGAACUGGUAGACAGUCCAUCAUACACCCACGUCUCUCUUUUUCAGGAAAUAGAAGUCUGUGAGGAAAAAAAAAACACCUAAGCAGUUUGUGGUCAAGGCAUCUGAGGGUGUUCAUCUGAAAGAAUAAUAGCUACUGAAUAAAUACACUAUUUAGUAGCCUUAGGUAAUCCCUUGUGUUGUGAUAUAUGUGUUGUAGCAGAUUGAGUAUGUACAAAAUGCUUGGAAGGGUGUACUUUGGAUUAUUUGAAAAGAAAAAUCAAAGUAGACCUAGCUGGUCUUAUCACUAAAUUCAGAUCAUACCAGCUCUCUAAACUCUGAUGAACGCUGCUGUGAAAUAACGAUUUCACUCCAAGUACUAGGAAGGCAGACUGCAGUUUUUUCUGAACGUGUGUUCAGCAAGUGGGACUGGCAAGAAUAGAACACCAUUUCCCAUUUACCUGCAGUGUCAUGCCAACCUCAUGGUACGUUGGAAUGAUCUCUGUUGAACGUGUUUCAAACCGAAAGUAUUGUAGCUUAGUACCCGUUGCUGUAUGUGUUGGAAAUCAGUCCAUGAUAACACCAUGAACAGAGGCACGAACCGAACACUAUAAAGGCAAGUCUCAAUGCAAGCUCAAGUCAGGUGUUAACCUUCAUUUGUGUUAUUGAUUUUUAUAGACUGUUUUGUUAAUAUCUAACUUUGAUAGCUCUAAAAUUGAUUGCUUCUCAGUCAAAUGAUCAACAUAUGCUUGAUUGCCAAUGAAAUAACUAACAGUGUUACCAAUUCAAUUGGCAUAAUUUCCUGUAAGCAUUUCCUAGAAUUGAUAAUACCAACAGGAAAAAAGUUGACUUGAAUCCUAACGUGCUGCAAGUAUAGCAAGACCGAUUUAAAGACUUACUCAUGUGCAGAACUCUGGUAAGAUGAAAUGGCUGUUUACCUAAAUGGUCAAAGUGCCUGGUUUCUUUUUUAGUUCUUUUUCCUUACUUGUCAAUGAAGAUGUAUUUAAACCUUUUUUGUUUCAAUUUGCACACGAGUUCUGGAAGAAGACUGCAGUGAACUGCAGUAAUUAACAUAUAUUACCUGCUCUCUUUGGGUAUUGUAGUAAUAACCUGUGUGGUCUGGGAAACAAAAGUACUGAGUUUUUUUUCCUUUCAGCAAAUGGCUACCACAAAUGGUUUCUGUAACAUACCCUGAAUGUACUGUAACUGCCUCUACCUUGAACACGCCUUUUCUAUUUAAAUAAUUUGUAAGUAUAUUCUCUGAAUUGUGAAGUGACAACCAAUGAUGUAAUAACCUCUACAGUAGCCUUCUACAAAUUCUGCUACCAUCACCAAAAUACUAAAAAUUCGAGUUGAAUGCAUUUCCUCCAGAAUUUGAAGAUGCCGAAGAAAAAAGCAUUGAAAUAUAAAGUAUAAUUUCCAGAGAAUUGUUCUGUGUAUUGGAGAGGAAAUGCCAGAAGUCAGUAGGUCUUCAGCCCACUGUCAGCUCAGCUACCGAAGGGUGGUUUUGCAAACUAAUUCUUAGACCGGAAGAUGGACUGUGUUUGAUCUUGCAAUCCUUUCUGUUCAACUUCCUGCUCUUCCCAUCCCUUUCCAUGCUGUGUAUUUCUCCUAGAUUCGGUCAUCUCGCUCCUUCUGUGUGUGGCCUAGUUUUGAGUAUUAGUAGUUUGGCUGCAAGGGACGCUGAUGGUAUUGUGUAUUGCUGGUCCCCGAUCUUCCAUGUGCUUAAUUUUGCUUUUAGGAGUGUGUUUAAGAAAAAAAGAAAAAAAUCAAGGUGCUAGUUAGUGUCUUUUUGGCUUUGCCUCAGUAUCUAAUGUGAAUAUUCUUCAUUGCAAAAGUGAUUUUUCAAGAUAUCUACUGUCGAGGUACUUCUAACAGGAAACUCUGCAGAACAAAAGAGGUUGUUUUCCGCUGUUCUGUAAUGUGUAAAGAGACAUUUUACAUGGAAAGUGACAUUAUUGUGUUCAUGAAGGCCUGCAUAAUUAAUGAAACGAUCGUUAUCAACGAGAAAGCUGAAUUGUAGGGGGAUUUUUUUUUUUAGUCAAGGUUUUUGAGUACAUCAGUAACAGCAUGUUUUGGAUAACUGAUACAACUUUGGAAUUGUCUGUGUAUGGAUGCAGAUAAUCAUAUUAGCAGCCCAAAGCUGACAUUUCUUCCAAAACACUGAAUGCUGAUCAAAUAGCAAAGCUUUAAGAAAACAAAAAAGUCACCACUACCCUUUGGUACCUGCUUCCUACGGGUGAGUACCAGUGUCAUUGUUACCAAAUUAUCUCUGCCAUAUAGUCUCUACAGCAUCCAGUAGUACCUCAUUGGAACAGCUAGCUAUCUCAUUCCUCUCUAGGCUGGAGGAAGUGUCUGCGUUACAGCCGUUCUGCGCUUUUGUGUAACUCGUCACCAAGGUACCUAUGGAAGCACGGAGCUGAGCUCCUGGAAAAAAUAGACAGGAUUUGUUGCCUUUCUAGCUCAUUACACUUUUCUUGCUUGCUGUCCAAGCAAGGAUGCUGGGGUAUAUGAUGAGUCUUUUCACUGUGGUGAAUGUGGCCCUUCUUUAUACAUCAUAAAGAGGCCAACAACAAAAAAAAAUCCCUCUACCUCUACACCUGUUGUUCACCUGUAAAGCUUCAAGCUACAAAAUAAUAUAUAUUUUAACCUUUUUUUGUCUUUUAGAAGCAUACUAAUUGUUUGCCACCGAGGCCUUUUAUCUACUGUAUUUUAAUAUGUUAAUUUGAUAGUCAUCGAGAUCUCUUUGUACUUCUAACCUGUAGAUCUUGUCAUGUUUCUUACUGCUCCUUUUUCCUUGUUCUCCAGUCCACUUUUAAAUUGAUAAUAGAAACCUGUACAUUCUCUAUUCCUAUUACAUUUUACACUAGUGGAACUGGUAUUUUGGUAGCGCCUUAAUUUUGCAGUUGUGAAAUGAUUGUAUCAACUCUUAUCUGGGGCUUCUGACCAGAUUUCAAGGAGUAUGUUUAAUGUAGAUAAACUUGAAACCAUUUUUUUACUGUUUUAAAGCUAGUUACGAAGUGGAGUGUGUACAUAUGUAUAAAUAUAAAUUAUUAAUCUGCACCUUUUUGUAUCUAGUAAAUACCGGAGAAGUUCAUGUUCUAACCACAUUUGACACUUCUUGUUGCAUAAGCAAAGCCAAAACUUUUUUUAAAAAUUGCAAUGUUCAUUUCAUGUAUAUUUGCAAUAUUCAUGGGAAAUGUAUUUAAUUUAUGUGAUAUUUGGAAUAAAACAGAAUGAAUUUAUAA